AUGACCUUGUCAAAGAGGUUGUUAAAAAAAUUAUUCCUAACCAUGAUCUUAAAGAAGAAAAUUGCGCUGAUGGCAUUGAACUUGGUCCAGAGGAAGAGGAUGAUGAUGUUGUGAUACCACCUGCUGAGACUUAUUAUGAUAAGGCCAAAUCUUUCUUCGACAACAUUUCUUGUGAAACAAAGGAACGAUUGGAACAACAAGGGCCCGAUGGCCGAGGACUGUCUGUGGCUGAACGAAGGCAGAAACAAUCUGAAGAAAGACGUCUGAAUCUUGAAACAUUUGGACAAGUUUCGAUUGAUGGUGGAAGAUAUCGCGGUGGUUAUCGCAGUCGUGGUUAUAGAGGAGGCAGAGGUGGAUAUCGUGGUGGCCGUGGAAUGCGCGGAGGAUAUUCUAACAAUUAUCGGGGGAAUAACUUUAGACAACAGAUUCAACAACAGCAAUCAUGA